AUGGAACAUUGUAGUGGAGAAGUCGUAACAAAUAUUGACUGCGUUGCUUGUGAUAAAAAAAAUUACGCUGUUCAAUUGAUCGAUGUCCAAAAAUAUUUUGGACAAACAGAAGUUUUAAAAUCAAUUUGUCUCAAUGUUGAACAAGGAGGAAUUUUCGCUCUUCUCGGACCGAGCGGGUGCUCAAAAACAACGUUAAUUCGUGUUGUUGUUGGACGACUACAUCCCGAAUCAGGUACUGUCGUUGUGUUAGGAAAAUCACCACACUGCUAUGGUCAUGGUGUGCCCGGUAAACUUAUUGGUUAUAUGCCACAAGAACUAGCAUUAUACCGGGAAUGUACAAUAGCUGAACAAUUAUUUUUCUAUGGACGUUUAACCGAGAUGGAUCAACCAAAAAUCAAACAACGUAUUAAAUUUUUAACACAUUUAUUAGACUUACCACAUCGUGAUCGAAUGAUAACGACACUAUCAGGAGGACAACAACGACGAAUUUCAUUUGCUGUGGCACUUAUACAUGAACCAAAAUUACUGAUAUUAGAUGAACCAACUGUAGGUGUUGAUCCAGUACUAAGAAAAAAGCUAGAAAUGCUGUGA